CGAGGAUCCCUUGAGUGAUCGUUCCAUCCAGAUUUUUUAACCUUGAGUUUACUCCACUCAGGGCACUCAAGGUCGUGCCACCUUCUAGCUUGGCUUGCUUGGGCACACACUUUUGGAGGGGCUCGUCGGACCUGUACAACUUUUUUUUUUUUAAAGGGCAAUGAAGAUUCCUUUAGAUUUGCUUGUUUGAUUUUAGUUCAACUUGCUUAAAGCAUACAUCGCGGCCCCUCUUAGGACAGACCUUGAUCGCAACCGAGAUAUCGGAGACGGGAACUAAACCGAGAACGAGAACGGGUGUCGUUGAUCGGCAAAAUCUUACAGCGUUGCAAAUUUGUCCCCCAAAAAAUCUUGACUCAACCUUCAAAAAUAAACGUCGUACCUUGUGCUCGUCUCGCAUACCCGAAGUAACGACGAUAAUCUGCAGGCAACUAAGCAAUGACGUGCCCCUGAUCAGAAGUGCGGUUUCAACCCCCCACACUGCUGCUCAGUUACUUCAACGGUACCCAUCUCGAUUCCUACCUAUAAAGCACUAAACCGUGCCUUUGGGGCGAUGGACGAGUCCGAAGAGGAGUUCGAUACUCGAAUCGAGUUGCUCCUACGUCAACGCCAAUCGUUGACCGAUGAGUUGCUAGCUAGCCCAUACGACCUCAUCCUUUAUAUAAGGCGCGCAUUGGUCUACGCUGACCUAGCAUAUCCCGACUUGGCAGCUAGCGAUGCUUACCGCGCCCUUUUGUUAACCGACGAGGUUCGUGACGAGAGCUUCGAAUAUCACAACCAAGCCCUCGAAGCGCUGACAUCCUACACCCAUGAUUCAUUCUUGGAAAUCCUAGAGCAUGGCUCCUUAUCCGGCAACCUAUCUCGUCUACCCAUAUCAGACGGCGGUGUAAAGGACAUAGCCGCAUUUGCUACUCUCGCAUCUAUCCGUUGUUAUCAAAUAUUGGCCUUGAGCCUUCUGCUAUGCGGCUGUCUCAAAAGCGCAUGCAAGUUCUGCGAGCGAGGAUUAGCUAUUGCGCCGGAUAACCAGGAGCUUCUAAACACGCGGGGUUACAUUCGAACCGUCGCCGAGCGCCGAACCCGCAAGCCAAUCACCGGCGUGAACGACCUGCCGGACUGGGGCAUGGUGCGUAGGGAGGUUUAUCCGUGGAAUUCCUACGAACCCGAUCGAUUUUCUGACGAGUCUUUGGCUGUCCUUAAUAACCAGCUUGCCAAUAUAGCACCAAAAUGCACCGUCAAGGUGGCCCAGUUGCCCGUAUUACUUGGAUGUCCGAGCAAUACUGAUGAUUACGAUGUGAUUCCGACAUGUAGCCAGCUUGGCCUAUUCGCCCGAGAGGAUAUCGCGCCGGGAGAAGAUGUCCUGGUAGAAUACUCACUCGUGACAGCGAAUAAUCGACUAAAGGAACCUGUGUGUGAUGCUUGUAGCGGCGAACUUCCGCCGUUAGCAAGCGGGUCUCCCGCUGUCAACUGCCCAGAAUGUUACGAUACCGUGUUUUGUACGCAGUACUGCUUCGAUAAGGCCCAGGAACUUUACCAUCCAGCUGUUUGUGAAAAGGAUGUGGAUUCGAUCGCCAAAGACGCCGAUGCGAAGGAAGCUGACGAGGCACUUCAUCUUUUACUGCUCGCGCGGGUUAUAGCUAUGGCAGCUCAUCAAGAAAUACACCCGCUUGAGGUCAGCCAGGUCAAGCAUAUUUGGGGAGAUUUUGUCUCCUCGCAAACUAACGAGAUUGAUCUAUCGCCUAAGGCCGGACCGCCUCCGGAGUGGACGCUGCCUUUUUCUUUUACUUACAACAUCGAGACGCCCCUCCACAUCCUCGAGAAGAUGGACAUUGAUAUCUACGCCACUCUUUCCAACUAUGAUACAUGGGUGUUUAAUACACUUUACAGCAAGUUUCGCGGUACUGCGUCAGCUCGCCAAAACCCGAGAGAUGGACGACCUGAUGUCGCCGCUGUUCAUCCUUUCUGGUGCCUUGCCAACCACGACUGCGACCCUAAUGUUAGUUGGGAAUGGGGUGGCCGAAUGGUCUUGACGGCGCGCGAGAAGAGGGUGGUUGAUGGUGCACCAGGCGGCAUAAAAGCGGGAGAGGAGAUCCUCAAUCAUUAUUGCGAUGUCAAUCUACCCGUUCAACAGCGUAGGGAAUGGGCAAGCGGCAGCCUUGGUGGGUGGUGCAUGUGUCGUAGGUGCCGCAACGAAGCCGGCUCGAAAGACAAUUCCGCUGGAUAAUUAUUUUUAAAUACCCCUUUGAGCUUUCUAUGAGGCUGCCAACUUUAAACCAACACGAACACUGCGGCGAUGGGUUUGGUUCUUUCAUGAUUAUACACGUGUCAUGACUGCCAACCCGGC